UAACUCCCCACCUCACCAAGAAAUCUGAAAGUUGUAGUUACCCACAAAAGAGAAGCUUGCUAACUUUCUGUGUUACUAUUAGUUACAUGGCUUCAACAUUGGCUUUGUCUUCUUCGUCACCUUUGCUUUCAAACAAAGCAAGGUCUUCAAUAACAGCGAACGCCACUCUCCCAUCUUCGGCCGCCUUUCCGUCGCGGUGGAAUAGGCUGCCGGUGGUGAAAGCUCAGGCCGGUGGAGACGGCAAGUUGGACGUGCAAGUCAAUCAGGGCAACCAAGGGACUGAUGUGGAGAGGAGGCCAAGGAGGCUGGCUGUGGAUAUUUCUCCUUUUGGUCUAUUAGAUCCCAUCUCCCCAGUGAGAACAAUGCGGCAAAUGCUGGACACAGUCGACCGGCUUUUCGAAGACACGGUGGCAUUCCCGGGAAGAAACAGAGCAGCAGGGGAAGUGCGCGCGCCUUGGGACAUCAAAGACGACGAACACGAAAUCAAAAUGCGGUUCGACAUGCCGGGGCUUUCGAAGGAGGACGUGAAGGUGUCGGUCGAGGACGAUGUGCUAGUUAUAAAGGGAGAGCAGAAGAAGGAAGAAGGCGGCGACGAUUCGUGGUCGGGCAGGAGCUUUAGCUCCUACAAUACCCGCCUUCAGCUGCCGGAUAAUUUGGAGAAGGACAAGAUCAAGGCGGAGUUCAAGAAUGGUGUUCUCUACAUAGCCAUUCCUAAGACCAAAGUUGAACGCAAGGUUAUUGACGUUGCAAUUCAGUGAAAAAGCCUGAGCCGCCUCUGGUUUUGUAUGGACGUACACUAGAUAUUGUGUGCUGUUUUGGUCUGUUUUCUUGUGCUUUGUUACGUUAUGUAAAGUUGCUUCUAACAUGGUAAUAAAUAUUUUAAAUCCCGAAUUAAAUCGAAGAUUAAAUUAUCAAGCAUUUAUA